GCCAACUUUUGCCUUUCGCCCCCAUCAUCACCAGCCCCCGCCGCCCCUCCCGCCGCCGCCGCUAGCCUUUUCGCUUCCAAGCUUCCAUCCCGCCCAUCAUCAGAUGGGCCAUCUUCUCCUGCUCCUACUGGCCCUCCUCCUCGCUUCCACCCGCGCCGCCUUCCACGCCAGCGCCGCCGCCUUCCACGCCAGCGCCGCCGCCUUCGCCGAGGACAAGCGCAUUGCGGGGAUCAGGGGCGUGAUAGGGUCGAGGCCGCCGAGCUGCGCGGGGCGGUGCCGGUCCUGCGGGCACUGCGAGGCCGUGCAGGUGCCCAUUUCUCCACAGGAGCCGGGGAAGAAGAAGAGGAGGAUGGAGCUUGGGCGCCAUGGCAGCCGGGCUGCUGCAGCCGGUGGUGGUGGUGGUGGGAGAGCAAUGCCGUCCUCCUACGACGACCACUCCAACUACAAGCCGUUGAGCUGGAGGUGCAAGUGCGGGCGCUUGAUACUGAGCCCAUGAAAUGCACGACAUAGUUCUAGACUACUAAUAGUAUAGCCAUCUUUUGGGGUUUUUUUGGUGGAUCUUGUUUGACUUUCUUAUGCGACACUGGUGGUCGGUCGAUCCUUUUGUCUGGUUGGUUGAUGUUGACCGGAGAUGAUGAAAUCUUGAGGAACUUGGUGUCCCGUUCUUGUUCCAAGAUGUACGUAGAGGGCUAAUCAGUUUUUGUAACGAGUUUGCGGUGUUGAUCAUGCAAUGCAGACGCGAAGGAAGGAACCAGCAGUUUUGCCUGUU